UCAACCCUUUGUUUUAUUAAAACAAUUACUGUUGCACAACCAUUUGAUGUCUUAAAACAUUUUAGCCGUAGCGAUGCGUGAUUUAAGAUGAACUGAUAAAGUCACCUAAUAAUGAAACGGAUAAUUAACGUUUUGUAAUUAUGAUUCAAUUAAGUUAAAAGAUAGAACUUGGAUAGGAGUCCUGUUAUUUAAGUUAAAACCAAAAAAUUUUUUUAACGCAUGUUGAUCGUUAGUUAUGUACAAUACAGCGACGUAGAAAAAAGGGUGAACUGUGAAUUAAAAGGAACUACGUGAUUUAUAGGAAACAUAAGGUUUCAUGUGUUGAAGAGAACAUUUUAAUUUAAUUAUUUGUGAGGUUAUUGUAUUAUACAAGUGUUCUGCGAAUCCGUUGUUUUCUAAUGCUUUUGAACGAAGAAAACACAUAAAUUAUGUGAUAAUUUAUAUUAAAUCAGCAAUCCGAAAUAACGUUUAUUGCUCGUGACAGAAGAAUAUAGUUACAAAAUAACUAACAGUAAAUAAAACGGACGGGCCUUUUACAUCGUGUUCUGUUGAAGAAUAAUCAGACUGAGGAGACAAUAACGUUUGAAAACUCGUCGAACGUUACUAAAAAUACAAUUACUAAUUUAUAAAACGCGAAAAUGAAUACCGCUUUGCUAUGGUUGAUGUCAGUAGUACCAGUAGUCCUGAUGCAAUCGAGUUCGACGACGUGGGAUAAGAUAAAAGCCGAGUACGUGUCUCUCUAUGACGCCUACUCACACGCAAGUAGCCCGGAUUCGAGCACCUACCAUACGAUAGUGCCGCGAAGCGACGCCACGGUGCCACUUCCGGUAAGUGUCAGUUUCGAGUUGUUCUCCAUCGGCGGCUUCGAUGCCGUGGACGGUGCCCUGAACCUGAUUGGAAGUCUGAACAUGUCCUGGAAGGACGAGACCGGGAAUUUCCCAAAAUCAAAAAAACACGAGGUGGACACGGUGAUAGUGGACUAUUCAAAGGUCUGGACGCCAGUCAUUGUGAUGGUGAACUCGGCAGACUCGGUGAGUAGAGUUGGCGAUUCCACCUACAAAGUCAGGUUUAAUUUGCAGACGGCGCAGGUGAACUGGAAACCGCGAAUGAUCGCGAAGGCCGCGUGCGAGCCGGAUAUGACGUAUUUCCCGUUCGACCAACAAAAUUGCGAGUUAUCAUUCACGACCUGGUUUCAGAACCGUUCGAUCCUCACCCUGACUUUGGGUAGUAGCGAGUGGAAUUUGGACAAUUAUGACGUCAAUGGUGUGUGGGAAAUCGAAGAAACGACGGCAGAAAUUUCAGAAGUCGGCGGUUACGAUUACGCAAAGUUUACGAUCAAAUUCAAUCGAAAUCCAAUGUAUUUCGUCAUCAAUCUCGUAUUUCCGGUACUAUUACUAUCCCUUCUGAGCGGCUUCGUGUUUAUUCUUCCGGCCGCUUCCGGUGAACGAGUCGGCUUUGGAAUCACGUGCUUCCUAUCGUUCAUGGUUCUGCUGCAGACGAUAAUGAUAUACAUGCCACAAACGUCAUCGCCCAUGUCCCUGUUCUGUUAUUACGUCAUCCUAAUGUUGCUCUUUUCCGGUUUUCUGAGCAUCGUUACCAUCCUGCUUUUGAAGGUAAGCAACGACUCGGGCACCGAUGUGCCGAAAUGGCUUGUCCAUUUUGUCGAGAUCAUCAAAUGCAUCAAGAUCCGGAAGUUAAUCCGGGCGCGCAAAAAUAAGCGCGCAAUAACGCCGGCCUCGGAUGAAAUAGAUUUGAUGAGACCGAGAAAUAUUGCCGAUUCCACGUUUCGGUCUAAGUUUCAAGCGGACAGGAUAACGGAUGAGCACAUACCGACAGGUCCUGUUGAAAACGGUGCUUCGAAACCAGAAAACGCUAAGAAUGACCACGCCGUAGCGAGAAAAUCGAUACUUCUCGUUAAAGAAUUUCAGUCGGACAACAACGACGACAAUGAUGAUGGCAAAGCAGAUACCGACGAGAACGCGUCCGGAGUCACGUGGGAGUCCGUUGGUGGGAUUCUCGACACAUUCUUCUUCAUAGCGUUCCUCGGCGCCCAGGCCGCGCUCAGUGUGUUUUUCCUGGUGCCUAUUGCGACGCGCGUAUAGAUCGGCUUGUUGGCUGUCGAUAAAGAGACGGAGUGCAGCACAUUAGCUUAAAACGUGCAUGCCAAAUGUUGCAACGAACUUAUAUAUUGGCAUAGAUACCAAUAUCCAUUCUGCAAAUAAAGUAAAUUAGGAUAAUAACAUUUUGACUCAGAAUGUGAUCAACAAUAAGAACGUACAAUUCUCUAGUUUGAAUCCACAACUGCUGAUUUACUAAUAAGCUAAAAACUGAAAUUUACUAUGUAUGUGCAUAUUUGUAUGUCCGUUGACUGGUUUCGAU